AUGACUCGUCUCCUGCUGCUCGUAUUUCUUCUGCAACCCGGAGAAGCAUGUCAGCCCCCGAUGCCCGCUUCUUCGUUCCAAUCCAACGGUCUCCCGAUGACGGUCCCUUCGUCUCCGCAGUACGUUCCGGCGAGCGGAUCCCCUCUUGACCAGUCCGGUCCCGUUCCCCCGCCGCCUCCACCGCCGCCCAUCAGCCAAUCGGAACUCGCUGCUGGCAAUGAUCAGUUGGAGAUGAUCAACGCGCCGGAGAACGGAAAGAGAGCGGAUUUCACUCCGUACCCGGGGUACAUACCCCCACCGCCGGCGCCUUCGUUCCCCACCCUGAUCGACAGUGAACGAGAAGUCGUCGCCCAGCCUCAAAAUCACAUCAACCAGCAGUCUUCGAACACGUUCCGAUCGGAGACUCCCCUCCAACUACUCUCACCGGACACGCGGAACAGCUUCGCUUGUCCGGCCGAGCUGACCUCCAUCACCGACUUUCUCACCUGCAUUCGUCGGCUCUCGACGGUCACUCUCGACGAGCACAACGUAUCGUGCGACUUUGAAAAGGACUCGGGCUGUCGCUUCAAGUCCAUCUCGAGUCCGUUGAGCGUCGGCAACUUUCCGACCGCCGAUCACUACCGUACGUUCGCGGCGUUGGCGUCGCGGCCCGAGGAAGAGAAGCCCACCGGAAACUUUGUGUUUUUCAUCGAACAUCGGGUAAGCAGCGAUCGACAAGCAACUCGAAACGUACUUGUUUACAGGGAACGGACCCGGAAGACGAGUUCAUCAUGUCAACCCCGAUCACAUGUCAGAAAGGCAACGGAGUGCUCAAGUUCGACUACUGGAUUGUCGGCAAGCACAACGAGGUGAUGCUGCGAGUGUGCACCCAGAACCAUCUUUCCCGCUCCUGCACCCAAUCCAUCGCCUACAACACCGCCGCUUCCACAAUCGCCAUCGAGGUGGUUCAUCCGAACUCGACGUUCUUCGAGCUGGAAAUCGUCGCUUCGAACAUUGUCGAGCCGACUGUCAUUGUCUAUGACAACAUUGAGUACAAGACGGAGCUGUGCGAAUGGGAUGAGAAACCGGCGGCCGAAGAAGAUGUGCUCGAUGAGAAGCCGGUGGCCGCCGUUGACUCGUUCUUCGACGCGGAAGAGGAGGAUCCGUCUGGGGAGAAGGACGACUCGCUGUCCUCUGUUCCCGUUCCGACCAGACCGAUCAGAUUGUCUCCGAGGAGAGCUGACAGUAAGUUAUUCUAGUUUCUGAAAAGUUUCGCGUGGGAUUGCGGUAGAGCGCGCCACGGUCUCCAGAGCUGAUAAAAUGGGCGUGGCCUCGGCCAAAUGACAUUUUCAUGAAUUGAGCAGGUUUUCUCUGAUUUUUUUGGCCAAAGGCGAUGAAAAAUGAUUGUUCGACAGGAAAACACACUAAUUCUCAGAAUUAAUGACGUUUUAGCGCAUUUUUCGCGGAUUUUGCUUUUUCGCCUUCGCCGCCGAUCGCCGCCUAAACACCACACUUCUCAUUUUGCGCGUUCUUGACCGUUUUCAGACAGAAUUGGUUUUGAGAAUUAUAAAUCACGUAAAUACAAGCAUUUUGAGCGCUCGAACCGCGAAAAUUACCGAAAAGCAACUGAAAUUCACGCAGUUUUAGCCAAAAACCUUCAAACGGAUAAAUGUGAUUUGUGACUUGACCAAAUUUAACGCUCUUGCGCUUAAAAAAUUCGUAAUAGACUAUACAAUCGGUCUAUCGAGCGACAAAUGAGAAAUUAUCGGUUUUUCGUGGCUAAUCUGCCAAAAAAUACAAAUUUUGCUGUUAAAAUUUGAAUUUCGCGCCAAUGUAUCGCUCUAUUGAGCGGGGCGCACUUGCGCCCAUUGUAAGCUCUGGAGACCGUGGCGAGCGCCAUUGCCAGAACUUUGCCAAUAGACUCAUUGUUUUUUUGUUUGCAGUGGAAAAGUUGAUAUCCGAGUUGAGCGAGGAGGCUGAAACCGAAACUCGAGACGCUCCACAAACUGUCUGUAAACUUUUGAACUGUAACUUUGACGACAACAUGUGCGAGUACAACAACUAUGUGAACGAGAGUAUGAGCGUCUCGCCGUGGCACGUCGGCAGUCAACGAGUCGGAAAUCCGCAUACAGGAGUGAGAGAGGGAAGCGGUAAGUGCCAAGCAUUUUUCAUAAAUAAAUAUAUUUCCAGGCUUCUUGUACGUGGGCACCGAUAGUCCUGCCGACUCGAAGAUCGUCAACUACAUUCUCGAGUCUCCGGAUCUUUCGGUCGAGGAGGACUUCCAUCUGACCAUGGACAUUUACCGCCGAUCCAACGAUAUCACUCUGCAAAUCUGCUUAGACACCCCGUUCUACUGUCCGUACACGUUGACUCCAUACGAGAAGGAGACGGGUUGGAAGGAGGGAGAGAUGUUUUUAAUUCCAAAGGGAACACUCAAAGUCUUCAUUCGAGCUAUCCAAUGGAGACGAUUCAAGUGGCUCGCCAUCGAUAAUAUUAAUGUAACUUCGAGCCUUUGCUAAUUCUACGCUCAUUUAUAAUAACCCUAAUAAUAUUAACAUUUCCCUUUCUAGGUGAUAUUAGUUUUGCUCCAAUGUAACCGUGUGCAAUUUAAAAUGUUGAACAAUCGUGGUAUCUUCUUCUUAUUUUCAUAAAACUAUGAUUCAUGCCCACCAUAUUAUCUGAAAAACCAAACGAGCCUCUUCCCGUUCAUUUCAGUAUAAAAGUGUUCGAGUCGAUUCACAAAACAAGAACAAAAACAUGAACUUGCUCUUCGUCUUCUUCUUCCUUCUCUCCGUCGUAUUCCAUCCGACAGUGGCCGGGCGUGUUCGCUGCCAACGCGAGGCUCAGUGUCCGACGGAUUCGGUGUGCGACGACGGAUACUGCAUGACUGUCGACGAGAUGUUCAAAAAGUACGGGCGGAAUGUGAAGAAGGUCUGA